CCAGUCUGGACCCCUGCUCUCCCACUGAGGAGGGAGUCUUUUUCCAGCUGGAGUAAAGCAAUUACAAGAGCCCACAAAAAUAUCUGCCUUCAGCAGAGAUGCGGGUGGUGCGCCAGGAGGGGGAUAAACUAGUGUGUAUAGUCACGAUUAACGACGCAAAAUAGUUCGUCAUGACCUGAAUCACACCGGAAUUUCUUUGGUGACGUGAAUCGGGUUCUCUUUACACCAAAGAACCUUUUAUUACCACGCUGUAAGUUUCCUGAUGUGCUAGAUGUGGAUGUGUAGACAUUUAUUACGCAGUCCCAGCUUACAUGUGCAGCAGAGAAUGAGAACCAUUGGAAGCGUGCGUCUCCAUCAGUGCCAGUGUUUCUCCAUGAGGUCAGUGACAGACUCCGGCUGCUCCAAAUCAUUGCGCACUCGGCGCGCAAACUGCAUAUAGACCGUCUGUCUCGACUGUCGUCUAUCAUUGAUGAGCGUCGGAUUGAUAAAGGUGUUUGGACCGGCGUGGUUGUAAAAACGUCGUUUGCGCAGUAGGAUUUUCGGCGCACGGCAGAGAAUUCAGCACCACAGCUGCGGACAGCUCCCGUUCCCCCUUGACGCGCGUCUGGAUGGCUGCCGCUGGCGUCGCUCUGUCGCUCCUCUGAUCCGUUCGGCUCGCGAUGGCAUCACACGGGUUUUGGUUUCUGGGUGCGGAAAAUUCGAGCGAAAGCACGAGUCAAAACCCCAACAACCCCAGAGCAUGGUGUCAGGCGGCGGCCCAGAAAUUCUCAGGAGGUAUCGGCUCCAAAUUGUGUGCUCUGUUAAAUGUUGGCGAGGCUGAAAAGGUAUCUCAAGCCCCAGUUAAAACAGAAGAUGGGUCAACAGCGGAGACCUGCGGCUGUAAUAAACCCUGUAACUGCCCAAAAGCCACCUUGUGUUUUUCUGAUCUCUAUUCAACAGAUCUUUUACCUGCACUGAACGGGGACGCGAAAACUAUGAAUUUUCUGCAGGAGGUUGUGGAUAUAUUGCUGGCUUAUAUAGUGGAAUCAUUUGACAGGUCAACGAAAGUGAUUGAUUUUCACUAUCCAAAUGAAUUGCUUCAAAGGAAUAAUUGGGAGCUUUCGGACGAACCCGAGACUUUAGACGAUAUUCUGAUCAGCUGUCGGGCUACACUAAAAUAUGCCAUCAAAACCGCGCACCCCAGGUAUUUCAAUCAGCUUUCCACUGGAUUAGAUAUGGUUGGCCUCGCUGCAGAUUGGCUAACGUCCACUGCCAACACCAAUAUGUUCACCUAUGAGGUGGCUCCAGUCUUUGUGCUGUUGGAGUAUGUUACGUUGAAGAAGAUGAGGGAGAUCAUUGGAUGGCAGGACGGUCGUGGUGAUGGAAUAUUCUCACCAGGUGGAGCCAUUUCCAACAUGUAUGCAAUGUUACUUGCUCGAUAUAAGAUGUUUCCUGAGGUGAAGGAGAAAGGAAUGUCAUCUGUUCCAAGACUGGUGGCCUUCACGUCUGAACAUAGCCAUUUUUCAAUCAAGAAAGGAGCAGCCGCCCUUGGAAUCGGUACAGAGAGUGUCAUUUGUAUUAAAGCUGAUGAAAGGGGUAAGAUGAUUCCAUCUGACCUUGAAAGGAGGAUCGUCGAAGCCAAGCAGAAGGGAUACGUGCCGUUCUUUGUCAGCGCCACUGCCGGCACCACGGUUUAUGGUGCCUUUGAUCCCCUGAUCGCCAUAGCCGACAUCUGUAAGAAGUAUGAUAUCUGGAUGCAUGUGGAUGGAGCGUGGGGUGGUAGUUUGCUGAUGUCCCGUAAACACAGGUGGAAGCUGAAUGGAGUUGAGAGAGCUAAUUCAAUGACCUGGAACCCUCAUAAAAUGAUGGCUGUACCCUUGCAAUGCUCUGCUCUGCUGGUUCGAGAAGAGGGUCUGAUGCAGAGCUGUAACCAGAUGCAGGCCUGUUAUCUCUUCCAGCAGGAUAAGCAUUAUGAUCUGUCUUAUGACACAGGAGACAAGGCCCUACAGUGUGGACGUCACGUGGACAUCUUUAAACUCUGGCUGAUGUGGAGAGCUAAGGGCACGGUUGGUUUUGAAGCUCAGAUUGACAAAUGUCUGGAGCUGUCAGAAUAUCUCUACAACAAGAUCAAGGACAGGGAAGGUUAUCAGAUGGUCUUCGAUGGAAAGCCUCAGCAUACAAACGUGUGUUUCUGGUACCUUCCACCGGGUGUGCGUUACCUGGAGGAUAAAGUGGAGAAAAUGAAACGUCUGCACAAGGUCGCCCCUGUAAUCAAAGCCAGAAUGAUGGAGUAUGGUACCACCAUGGUGAGCUAUCAGCCACAAGGAGACAAGGUCAACUUCUUCCGUAUGGUCAUCUCCAACCCAGCUGCUACCUUUGAAGAUAUUGACUUCCUCAUCGAAGAGAUUGAGCGACUGGGACAGGACCUUUAAAAACCAAAACCCAUAAUUCUCACGUCCCUGGAUCUUGGUUUGUUGUGAAUGUAACGGUAACUUUUUGAUUCCUCUCCUCCAAAGUCAUACUGUAAAGGUAGUAUGUUUAAAAAGCAACACAUGAAAAGAUGUACAUUUCAGUAUUGUGGCAUUGUUGUGGGCUUCAUGGGCCCUGUAAAAGUGUUACGUCGGCUUUUAAUGUAUAUUUUAGUGUCGUUAAUAUGACUUUGUUUGUUUCUAUGUGUUUAGUGAGAUUACGAAGAGUAUUUGCUUCUAUUCAGUGAAGGUCGUAUCUGAGUUAUUGAAAGUACCAGAUGUCAUUGAUAUAUACAUAGACAUAUAAUACUAUAGACACAGAUUUAAGAAAAUCAUUUAAUUUUAACUCAAGCACUUUUACUUUUACAACCACAGAAAAUGCAUAAUUUCUUUUUAUUGAUUUUUCCACAUUCACAAAAUAUGUUUCUAAGAGACUAAAAUUAUUUAUAAAUAGACUAUUUAUAAUAAAAAUGAAAUCUAAAUGUACACAAGAAGAAACACAAAAUACAGGAAUUAAAAUGCUUGACAGCACUUAGAUGAUACGUCUGCUAGCACCUUUAGUAAAUAUUACUAUAGCACAAAUCAAACUUAAAGUCUUGAACAUAAGUACAACAUAAGUACCAUACCUAAACUCUCAUCAAAGUAUAUCUAGCCUCUUUAACAACAGCAUUUUAAAAAUAUGUCUAUAAAAUUAAAUACCCUAUAGAUAAUACCUGUUUUUUUAAUCUAUGACUUCGUUCCUGUCAUUUAGCCGUGAGGACAUCUACAAUGUGUCAGCAUUCGCAGAAGUUGAUCAUUUAUGAAGAUGCACUGUAAAAAAAUUCUGUAGAAAUUACAGUAUUACUGGGUAUUACUGGCAACUAGCUGCCAGUAACUUACUGUAAAUUUUACAUUUUUGUUAUUUACUGGCAACAGUUUGUUCAAAGUUAAAUGAACAUAAAACAUUUUCAGUCUUUAUCUUCUACAGUAAGUUACUGGCAACCAGCUGCAUACUUACAGCUAAUUUUUUACAGUGUGCUUUUAUCUAAAGGGACUAAAGUGCGUUACAGGUAUACAUUGGGUUCAAACCUAUGACAUUUUGCGCUGCUAACACACUGCGCUACAGUACCACUAUUUACUUUGUUAAUUA